AUGCCUUCAUACGCAAUACUGGGAGCCACUGGCAAUAUCGGCAGAUCGAUUCUGGAAGUCCUCCUUCAAUCGCCAGACAAUCACAUCAAUGCAUACUGCCGCUUCAAACAGAAAUUGUACAAGCUAAUGCCGGUCGUUAAGCACAACAAACAAGUCGACGUCUUCGAAGGCGAGCUAUCAGACAUCAACCUUCUGGCCAGGUGUUUGAUCGGCACAACGGCAGCCUUCCAAGCCGUCGCUGUAGACGGCAACCAACCAGGCUGCACGAUCGCUCAAGACACUUCGCGGCGCGUUACUACUGCUCUCGAACAUCUCAAGGCCAACGGACACCGCCUUCCAAAGCUCGUCGUCACCUCCUCAUCCUCCACAGACCACAGUCUGUUGUCUAAUGUCCCAUCCUUCUUCCGCAACAUGCUAUACCGAGCUUUCUCCCAUACCUAUGACGACCUCCUGGCGGCUGAGAAGUUUAUUCGAUCCAAGGACGAUCUGAUCUCAGCGACUUUUGUUAAGCCUGGUGCUUUGACGAGUCAGCCUCAGGUCGGCCAUGAGUUGAGUCUGGAAGUGGCAAAGUCACCGCUAUCGUAUCUGGAUCUGGCGGCGGGGAUGAUAGAGCUCGCCGAUGAUAGCAGUGAGCGGUAUGACAUGAAAGGAGUUGCAGUCAACAGCGCAGUCAAGGUGCCGUUUCCCCGGGAGUCCCCGAUGAAGAUCUUCAAAGGACUUUUGUGUCACUUCUUUCCGUGGUUGUAUCCCUAUAUUGGAUGA